GCUUCAGGCAUCGACGAUGGCGGAGCGGCUGCUUGUCGCCGCCGACAGGCAUAAGCUGGAGAAGCUGAAGCUGAUCUGUGAGGAGGCUUUGUGCAGGAACAUCGACCUCAGCUCCGUGGCUGCAGUCCUAGCGUUGGCUGAGCGUCAUGGUUGCUCCCUGCUCAAGGACGCGGGCUUCCGGUUCCUCUCCGCUCCUGGUAACCUCAAGGCAGUCAUGGAAACCGAUGGAUUUGAGCAGCUCAAGACAGGUUGCCCCUCUUCUCUGAUGGAACUCAUAGUCAAGAAGAUGCCGUGAUCGACUGAAAAGGCAACAUGGAUGCA